CACUAGAAGCACAGAGAGAACUGCAAAGAGAGCACGGACUGAAAAGAGAUCUCCAACACUGUCACUGCUACUGCUAGACAACAACCCAACACAAGCUACAGAAUGUACUCCAGAUCCAACAGCAUGAUCCUGUCCAUUCCUGCACAGGCCGCUCACCCUGAUUCACUUCCCUACAGGCUCGUGAACCGGAGGACAGAGCCUGAAAUCUUCACCUUUGAGGAGCUUCCACCGCAGGUGCGCCGGAGCUCCCUGGGGAAGCCGAGGCGGAGACCGGCCCGGGUGAUGUACCCUUCCAAGGUGCGCAAGUAUCUGCCCCCAGCGGAGAAGAGCCCGGCCAAGCGCCUGUUCUUGGUCCUCUGCGCCGUGCUCUUCCUGCAGAUCUACACCGAGGAUCCCACCCUGGAGACCCCGACGGGCACUGUGGAGGCCGCCCAGACCGGCGCCCCACUUUCCGAAGACCUCUCCUUCUCCGAGUACCAGCUCCUGCCCUUCUUCUCCGCUGAGGUCCCCGAGAUGAAAAUCUACCCCACGGGGCAACAACAAGGUUCAGACAGGCAGGCUAAGCAGCAGCAGCAGCAGCAGCAGGCAGAGAGUGCCCCAAAGCUGCAAAACUCUGCCAAGACCACGUGUCCAAGCCUGAACCCUUACACUGGGGCCCUUCCCUUGAGCUCCCAGAGCAGGAGCAUGAUGGUUCUCCUGGUCUACAGCAGGCUGUGAAAAACAGGAAGCCUGGACGUGCACGGUCCUGCUACUGCCUGAGAGCAAAACAAAGAACCUGCAGAAACGAGCUGAGAGCAGCUAGACCCUCAGAGCAGAGGCGGAAGCUCCUGCAUGCAUAAUCAGAACUGUUCAGAGACAAAAAGCUGAAGACAGAACCUCAACUGACUCGAACUGUUAAAGCAAAGAGCCUUGAAAAAGAGCUUCAGGUGGCUUUGUUUAAUUUCUCUUAUUCUAGAGACACACAUACUUGAAGUCAACACUGCUUGCUGAGCACUGGUGUGACUGGUGUUGCUGUUUUACUGUGUAGGAGCAAGACUCCCUGCUGACGUUCAUUCAUUCAGGGGAAUCCUCAUUGUUCUAUUUAUUAUUAAUUGUAUAUUUAUUUAACGAUACAAACUGCAUCUACUGUUGUUGUCGUCACUGUGUUAUUUAUUCAUAUUUAUUAUAAUAAUAUUGAUUGAGAUGAUAAUGAUUUUGUGUUUGUGCAUUUCCAACCUGAAAGAAAUGAAAAUGCUGAUGAAUAAAACAUGUUUA